CACUGGUGCUGACCUAGCUGAAAAAUCGGCUGCUCUUAACACUGCUCUAGAGGCACUUCUAGUUCAAUAGCGGAAUAAUAAGAAGAAACCUGCCACACUUAUGGUUCUUUCUUUUUCUACUCUGACGUUUGGAAAAUUUUAAAUUUUAUCCGCUAUGGUCAGCUGCUAGCAACGUGAAUUCGGGAUAGUGCCGUGAAGAACGAAAAAAACGAUUUUCCGAAGAAUCACACAAGUAAACGAAGGAUAGUGAAAAUUCGCACCAACCCUUGGUGACGAAAAGUCGCAAGGAAAAAUUUGCUGCUCUAAUGUCGCAUUGCGGAUGUUGAAGGUUGGAUGUGAAAAAUCUGAAGUAUGCGGUCAGCGGCUUUCAUCAAGUGUUUUAAAUGGUCUCUGUUGUGUUGAAAGUCGAUUUGCAGAUAAGGUGGUAUCGAAAUCAAAAGUGCAAAGUGCAUGAUAUUUCCUUCAAGCAACAGAAGGGGAAAAAUUUCCUUGGUUCGGCAGAUGAAAAAUCGAAGUGACAUUUCGUGCAGCACCUGAAACCAUCCACUCACACAUGGUUACGGAAAAGUGAAACACAUCGAGACAUCGAUGGUCACCAGCAGGAGGAACGUGCAGCAGUGAUUUUCACUUGAAUAUGCUGAUCUAUGAAUUUGGAAAUUUUGUUAUGAAUGAUACUGAGCAUGUUUCCAUAAUUCAUAAUUAUCGAUUGGCGAUGGUUUGAGUUUGUCGAAUCUUAUGCUGGAAGGGAAUAUCAGUGUUUUUUUCAUAAUAAGUGCAAUAUAUGUAUACAUAUGUAUCUAUCUACACAGCCACAGUGACAAAAGUAGUCCGUAACAAAUAGAAAACCAAAAAAUAUCCAAGCGAAUGGAACAAAGUGAUGGCCGAUUUGCUGUAUGAAAAAUCGGAAAAUUGAUUCGCCGAAGGAAUCAACUGAUAAAUUGGUGCUGUGAAUAUUGUCUACUGUCAACAAGACACCACAAGAAAGAAGGAGAAACUCUUCGAGAAAAAAGGAUAACCAAAGUCUUCUGAAAUAUCACAAUUUCUGCAGGAUAUCAUCUUUCACAUCGAUAGGCAGCAAAUAGAAUAUUACCAAAGAAAAAUGGAUAAAAAGCAUUGGAUUAUAAUCCCACUAGUGAUCAUCUUUGCAUUUGUUCAGUUGAGUUCAGCCGAUAACUGUUUUCCGUCCCGAUCAAUCUACUGUUACGAGUGCGACAGUUGGACGGACGCCCGCUGCAAGGAUCCAUUCAACUACACAGCGCUUCCCCGCGAUCAGCCUCCGCUGAUGACGUGCAACGGCUGUUGCGUCAAGAUGGUGCGACACUCGCGGACGCCUUAUGAAGUUGUAAGACGAAUGUGCACAUCACAGUUACAGAUAAAUCUAUUUAUGGUAGAUCAUGUGUGUAUGAUGGAAAGUUCAGGCAAUGGUCAUAUGUGUUUUUGUGAGGAAGAUAUGUGUAACUCGAGCCCUAGCUUACUUAUCACCAACCGUCUGAAUGAGAAGAUGUGCGUCAGUAGCAUACUAGCCGUGUUUCUAUUGAAUAUCCUGCAAAGAGUUUUUCGGUAAACCGUCGCAAGAGCAUGAGGCUAUAGAAACAAAUUCCCAUAAACAACAAAACAAACAAACUGGUAGCUGGGAAACGUAAAACUACGAUCAAAUCCCUUUCCACAGUCGGUAGAUAACUGAACGCAAUUCCUUCAGCACAUAACAUGCAAGCUCAUUUUGUUCUGAAAAUGAUACUUGGAUGUUCUGAAUAUAAUUUCUAGGUCUCCUCUCUAGUGCUGCAUCUUUAAAUUCUAGAACCGUGCGGAGUGAAACUCGAAACACAAAAUCCCCUACACAACCAAUCUUACACUUUUACAUCGUUUACAGAGUUACAUGAUAUGUUUGUAUUCUCCCCGAUCCCAUCUGCUAGUCGUACUGGCUCAGGUGCAUCGAAAGCCUUUUUACUCAUGUUCAGUUCUUUGUCCAACUUAGUUCUGUAUUUUAAUUUAGGUACCCAUGACUUAACCUUUCCUCCUCGAGCAACCGAAUACAGCAAAUCUAAACCUGGUCGGAUUGCUUAAACCUCAUUCGGACAACGACUGUAAUCUUUCAGUUACUCAAACCCAAGAAGGGUGAACAUAAAAGUUAUGUAAUCUCUUUGAAUUUCUUACAACAUUCACGAAUCCUUAUCCUCUCUUAUACUCCCACAUAGCUCGUAUUUCUUUUCUUUGAAAAACAAUGAACUGAUAAGAAUAUACAACUUCAUCAUUCAACUCCUAUACCAUCGUGCCUUGGCUGCACGCUAGAACAUCCAUUUCUCUUUCGUGAAUCCAAUAGUAUACCCAUACAUUAGUCUAAGUUCCCAACUCUUUCUCUAUAUACUUAUAAGUAACUGCAUGUGAACAAAAAACAACAACUAACAUUUGAAUACAUUUCUUUUCCAUCCAUUUUAAUCCUUUUUCGAAAAUAACUACUUGACUGAGUGCAACAUAAAACAGUUUUCCUAACACUUAUUGCAUAUAGUCUGUAUACAUACGAGUUUCUAUAUUUCUACAUAACCUAGUUUGUUGAUUUGUUGCGUUCCACUUUUUCCUUAGACUUUGGAUAGUUACAUAGAAUCAUUUUAGCCAGUUUUGAAUCAUAGGAGCUUAAUUAUUAAACCCCGAAAAAAAAAACAACAGUAAUAAGAGUACUAGAGAGAUUUGAACGUGCAAGUAAGCAAGAAAUAGAAAAACGCAUUCCAGGCCCAUAUAGAGCAGAUGAUAACAUCCAAACUAGUAUCCGUGCGUAGAACCGUUUUUUGACUUUCAAUCGCUGCUGAUUUGAACUCGAUCGCCAUUUUCUGUAGUUUAAUUGUUUAUACAGAUAGACCACACAUACUCACAUACACACACACGUAACACCCAUUCGUAGUUCAUUUUUCGAACUUGCGUAUUAACACGUUGAUGAUAUUUUUUGGGAAAUGCCGACAAAUUCAUAUGUACAUAGCUCUUCUCUACAAAUCAAAAUAAAAAAAAACUACUAGCCUACGGAUACUUGAUCAAAACUAAAUCUAACAGGCCAAAGAAAUGUUCAGCUUCUCAUGUUCACAGCAAAUACCUAAGAGAAUUUAUGCCAUCGAAAAAAAAAAGCCUGACGAUAAGCUAUUGCAAUUGGCACUAAACGAGUAAUUGUAGUAAUAGGGGAAAAAAAAUAUAUAUCGGAAAUGAACUGAGUGCUAACGGUUUCACCAUUGGUUCAUCUGUAAAUACGUAUACUUGAUUUGUUUGAUUUACUUUUUAUGUUGUCGAAUGUUAUCGCAUGUAGAUUUAUUAUAAACAUUGUUCCUUUUUGCAUGUUAGUCAUGAUUUUUUGCAUAAUCCUUAGCCUGUAGGUCAAUAACAAUAUAUAACUCAUGAUGAAAGGUUUUCAAAGCGUUAUUUAAGAAGAUGUCAAAAUAUGUUUCCUUUGAGAGUUAUAGGAGUCCGAAAGACUUCGUCACACAAAAGUUGAUGUGUCUGCAAAAGUUUAUCUUUUACUAUAUAAGAUUACCUUCGGUCUUCGUUAUGAAACUUUGCUCCAUUGUAUGAUUUCUAUGAUUAUUUCAAAAUUUGAAAUGAAAAUUAAUAUUUUAAUGGUUGAUUUUGUACUUACUGCCAACAACGAGAGAACAAUUUUGGCAAGACAAUUUGGAAAAAUGGGAAAACGCCGCACCAUUCAAUUAGUUUCCUUAUCCACGCGUAUAUAUCCCACGGUCAGCGAAUCCAAACACAUAAAGCAACCAACGAUAAAGACAAAACGCUUGCUACUACCACCACGAUAAACUCUCUCUGUAAUAUAGCUUGAUCGGAGCUGUAAAAGGAUAAUGAUAUAUUGCUUGCCUGGUUUGUUGCCAAGAAAAGAGAUAGUAAAAAAAAUCCCAUUAGCACACGUGUAUCUUCUUCGACUUUACUUCGUGUUGGUCGUUCCCUUCUACCGAUCUGAGCGAGCUAUAUUGAAAUGGCUGUUUGUCAUGAAAAAAGGAAGAAGAUUAUAUCAUUAUUGCUUUCCAAUUCUGACAAAGCGAUACCGCUCGGCUCGUUGAUCACUUGUCAUUUUGUCAUUUGGAGAUAUUUAUGAUUCCUUGCUCACGGUAGGCUCAAAAGUUCACUACCGGCGGUGAUUUUCAUUCAAUUUGAAAACGAUCAUUGGUUAGUUAAUAACAUCAAAAAUUAAAUCCAAUCGCGGUUAAAAAUAAUACGCCAUGAUAAAUUAUUGAAGCCACACACGUGAAUGGAUUACCAUUAACUUAAUGCCAGCACCUUUUUCAAGCUCUUAACGAUGAUAUUUGGGGAGAAAUGCCUCUUAAGCGUUCACCGAAAAUUCCUUAAAACUAGCAUCGCUGAAACGAAGAAUGGAUAACAAUAGAUAAAAAAUGUUCCCUUUGUCCGGGUCAUAAUCACUCACAUUGAUCUAUUCUAUAGUGAUAUCUCCGUCUCCUUUGCUUGGUGCAUGUCGUGGAAUCUCAUGCACAAUGGUCCUAAAGCCGUAUUUAGACACAAAUGUUUGCGCUUAAACCAAAGAAGACUCGAUUAACAACUAAUCGAUUAUGUUUUGUUCGCGCCUCUCACCCCAAAAGGCCUGGGCUCAAUCCCAGUCGGCGGCGCCGGGAUUUUCUGAGGCAUUAAAUCGCUGAUCACACCUUCCUUCUGAAGGGAAGUAAAGCCGUUGGUCCCCUGUCCAUGAGUUGAUGGGUCGAUAGGUAGGGUCCAGGUGUAGGAGCUGCCUGGUGUCAGUAGCAUAGUACAAAAAACGUUUUGUUCGCUGUACUGUAAUUUUUCUACCAAUGACAGUGCAGAACAUCUUUGAAACGAUAGGUGAUGAUCGUUAAUGGUUAUAUCAGCAUGAUAUAAUUGAUUACAAAUAUUUUACUUUUUGGUUAAUCGAUUUAUCGAUUAUUCGAAUAAAAAUCAGACAUCACUAGAUAAAUGUUAAAAGCUCUUUUCAAAUAUAAAGGCCGUUCAUAAAUAAUGAGACAAUUUGAAAGGGACCGGGGCUAAUCACAAUUUACGUUCCCAAGGUAACUUUUAAAAAACCCUAGUGCUGACCGGUUGCUUAAACCGUUAGUUUUAAUUUUAUGGUGCCUUCGGGAAAGUUUAUAUAUAUUUGUUUGGCAAAUGUUUUGAUGUACAUAUGUGAAUUAGGGUGGUCCCUAUGGUUAGUGAGUUCAAAAUAUCAACAUCAAAUAACUCAAUUUGACAUAGACCAGUCCAAUACUUUACUUGUAGAUCAAUUCAUUGUAAGCAACUUUGCUGAAGAUACAAAUUUGUAAGAGGUAGGUAUACCAAUCCGGGAGAGUACUAACUGUAACCACCUUAAGCUUCAAAGGAUCAAGAACAAGAUCUUUAGGAUUAUCCUAAACAGUCCUCUGCAUCCUCGGCUAGUUUUCAGACACUUGAGAAUCGGAGAACCUUCAUCAUGGAAAGGUUCUAUGACACCUGUCUGAGGUCGGAUCCUGAGGGAUUCAGCACGUUAAGAAAAGUUACUUGUAGUUAGGUAGAUUAUCAUAUUUUUCAAUCCAAACCAAAUAUUUCUCCAAGAGGUGUAAUGUAAACUAGUUCUCAAGCGAAACAUAUAAAUCUAGACUCUUUUUGUAAGGCUCAGUAGUUUGAGGAUUUUUCUUGGAUCUAGAUGGCAGUAUCAAUUGAAAAUGUUUAGAUACACACUCAAAAAAUAACACUGACUUCUGUAAACUUAUACCCAAAUUCCAGUUGCUGAAUGGUCAGUAAAACUUCAGCAAGGCACCUAUUUUUCUCGAAAACAAAUUCUGAAACUUUCAGUUUUACAAAAAUAGUCUUAUCAAUCAAUUGCAAAGGUGUUUUCAAGAUAUUGAUAGUUGACAACCACAAUUAAAAGUUAAAUUGAAGAGCAGUUGCGGUUUGGAAUGUUUGCCCAAGUUACGUUGAAAAACACCGAUCGAUUAUGUUUCGGUUCUUCAAAUUAACUUGAAAGUGGUGGAAAACAUACAUUUUCCCUGCUUAUUUACACUUUUGCAAUACUCUGAUACAAGUUUGUUUGAGAAAACGAAUCACCAAUAUUUAAAAACUUCGAGUUUUAAUCAAGAAUAUUGCUUAUCUAGAAGAGAUUUGUUUAGUGUCUAUAGGUGAUAUAAGGUGAUCUAAGAAAGAUAAAAAUAAUUACUUAAAAUGCAAUUUAGUUAUUUAUACUGAGCUUGAUAAAAAAAAAUCCAGGCAGGGUUUUACUAAUCCAGUAAUUACAAGUAUAAUGCAUUGUUAUUUUUUUUAUCUAGUCAAAUAAUUGAAAGCUUUUACACUAUUGGUUUAACAUAAUUAAUUUAUUAUUUCCACCAACGAACCGUUAGCACCGAUUCAUUGAUUGCUUAAUGUUAAAGCUAACGAAUGAAAAAAACAGAUUCCUCGAGAAAAAUAUUCUAAAAUCUAGUUACGAGAGUGUUAUGAGCCAACUGCAAUGCCCGACAUAGGAAACUAACUUGAUCAAACCAAACACGCCCGGAUACCGAAACAAAACUAAUUACAUUGUUAGAUAGUGGAAAUAAUAAUACCUAGACGCUACCAAUACACCCCCGUGUAAAUAAUCUUUUUAGUCUAUGAUCUACAUGCUCCUAAAAAUUAAUAGCUGUUAGUCCACAGAGAAUUUCAGAACUGCGAUUUGUAACAAGUAGGAGCAUUUGCAAAACAUCAAACAACUUGCAUGCGUUUUGUUUUUGUCGCACUCACCUCAGAUAUCCCUGUACUCAUAAAUAUCCUAUCAGGGAAGACUGCAUCCUUCCCGAUAUAUGUUCACUAUCUUAGAACAUGAAAAGAAACGGAACCGCUCUCUCUAAGAAAUCAUCUCUCAAUUCGUCCAAACACACAACACAUUGUUGGUAGUUACGUAGAUUCUAUUGAUUAAUUGUAAGUCAUUGUCCUGUGACAUGGUGAUAUAGUUAGAAUUAUUUUUAUAAAUUUGUUUUGUAAUUAAUAAACCCGCAGGUUAGAGUGCAUUCAUGCGAAAAGAUCAAAGAUCAAUAUAUUUUUCUACUGACAGAGAAGGGAAUGCAAAAACAUUACACGAAGGCAAGGUAGCCCCGUAAAUAGCUAGUGAUUGAUAAUAAUUGAAUAGCUGCUCGCUGAAAUAAAUAACAUGCUAUGGUUUAAAAUAAUAUCUCCACUGUUUGAAACCUACAUGACUGCUUAAUAGCAACACAAUUGCAACGAAACACGCAUUCAUUUUGUCCAAAUUUCUUUUUCCAACCUCAUCGCAAGUUUUGCAAUAAUUCUUUUUAUAGUAAUACGAAAAAAAAACAUGAUCAAAUUUUCCGAACACUAGUCAGAAGGUACACAGGUGGAAGAAGAGAAUACAUUAAUUUACAAUCCACAAUCUUCUCCAUGAUAUGAAAGAAUAAUUCUUAUGAGCUUUUAUGGAAGUUAUUGAAGGUUAGGAAUCGAAAAAAAAAUAGUGUAGCAGCAAACAGAUCGGGAGAUAGUAUUGGUGCUUGAGAUAUCUAGGUUAAAUUUAAUGCCCCAGAAAUUUUCAUGUGAUUUAGCUUUCUUAAUUAGCGAUGGAUUUGAAAUUACAGAACGGCACACGCUUAUAGUAGGCACGUCAGAACGGUGGGUAAAAUAUGUCACAGACAGCCAUGUACCUGCACCGUAGGUAGUAUAUUUUAUUAUUCAAACCUUAUUGCGAGAAAAUUUAUAGAACUGGGUUACAAUUUUAACCAAUUAAAUUGUCAAAUUCUUUUAGAAAAAUCAAACUCAAUACUAUACGAGAAGCAACGAUGCUACGGAUUAAGAGAAUAGGUUAGCAAGCUUUAUACAAAUAAAAGCAGCAAUUUUGUAGGAAGAAAUAUGCAUCGCGAUUUUAAACAGCUGCAUAGUCAUGCAAUUAGUAGAAAACUUACAACGAAAAUAAUAACUGGGACAACAUUGAAGAUAUAACAAUGACAAAAAAAAAUGCCAGAAGAGCAGAAAAAAAUGACAUAAGAUCCAGAUUCCAUCUGCGAGAGAGGAGUAUUUUUCAGUGAGCUUCAUUGCAAAGCAAACUCCAAUUUAAACUUUCGGCUACUAUAAAUAGACGAUUCCAUCGAAUUAUUUUCUUAAGUAAAUUUUCAAAGUUGCUUCAUUGUGGUACUUCUUAUCCUGACUUCAUUGCUGAGGUACUGGAAAUACCUACCGUCCGAAUUGGUAAUAAAUACAUGUCCAUAACAAAUUCAUAUGUAAAGCGGCAUAGCGGCAGCAAUAACAGAAAAGAAAAGGUAAUUUAUUGAUUUAAUUCUAAACAGGAUACCAAUCAACCUGAUUCCGUAAUGUUUCAAAAUCGUAUUUUU